GAGGAAUAAUAAUAAGGAAGGCUUCUCAUAUAAUAGUCCCAUCAAUCUCAUCUCUUUUCCAUUUCUCUCCAACUCCCUCCCUCUCCUCUCCCCUCCCUCUCUCUCUCUCUCUUCUCCAUCGCCGUUUCUGUAUCUGAGCCUUUAUCAGUUAAGUGUCCGUUUCGAUGAAGAAACCGACGGCAGUUACGCAAGACGAGUGGGUGACGGCGGCUCUGACGGAAGACACCGUGGUGGUGGAGCUUCUUCUCCGCCUCAAGCACGCCGUAACGGUAAAUAGACCUCUGUUACGUUGGGGCUCUCGUAAACCGAGGUCGAGACUAGGCGUUGGCGUUGGAGGCUCGUUGAAGAAGGAAAAGGAUUCGGCUAGAGCGAGUCCGAUGACUCCUUUAUGCUGGAGCGGUGGAUCUGGUAGUGGUAGUGGUAGCGGUGGAUCUUCCGCAGAUGGAUUUGAAGAUACCAGUCGUCAAUCUACCUGCUCUACGUCUACCGGAUACGGAUCUAAGGCGUUACACGUAACAAAUGAAAUCACCAGUUACAAGAGAUCGAAGAAACAAAAGGUUUUCGUGGACCUUAAAUAUGCAGAGAACUUGCAGUUGAAGGAAAGACUUUACCUUCAAAAGAGUAUUGCAAACGUGCAAGCAACAUACGAGAAGCGAAGUGCCAAGAACCAAAGCUUGAAGAGAAUGAAGCUUGAAUACUCAGAUAGAAUCAAGAAUAUUCCAGUUAACAGAUCUAAUCUCCGGGAAAAGAGGCGCUUACCUUUCUCCAGCUCUCGAAAACUGAUGAAAAACGAACAUUCCUACAGAACAACAAGUGAAACUCAGAGAUCUGAAGAAAAGGGUUUCUUCUUCCUCCCUGAUCUGAACAUGACACCCAUCGAGGAAGAAGAGACAUUGUACGGGACGAGCUAAAGAAAGAAAGCUUCAAGCCACAAUGCCCUCAGGUAAUUAUUAGAGAUCAAUGGUGUAGCUUUUUAUCCGUGGUCGUAGGAGAUGGGAGUAAGCGAUGAGUUCGCUGACAAGAAUUCACGCUACUCAACAAGGAUUCGAGAAGAUUUUAUAUAGGAAGAAAAAAGGGAAUGAAACUAUGUAAUAAGAGGAUUACCAAAUAUUAUUCCCGAUUUUUUUUUUCUUCUCUGCUUAUGAAAAGAGUUUCUUGAGUAAAACAGUAUUUUGCUUCUUGUUUUAUUUUGCGAAGUGCGCAAUUCAAGAAAAAUGUAGGCCACCAAAUAGACUUUUUCGAAAAAUCUUCUUAUUUCACCAAAACAAUGGAUAUAUAUAUCACUAAAAG